AUAGCCAUACGUGCCUCGUCAAAUAUUGCGACAUCAUGGCUCAGAUCAACUGGCGAACGAUCGAUAUCGAUGCCUUAGACCCCGAAUCUUCCGCCAACUUUGACCUCACAACGCUCACUCCAGCAGUGCAGCCUAUCUCGACCGCAGACGUGCAGACUUUGGCUGGACAGAUACGGCAGCUCCUACGUGGAGGCAACGCUGAAGGAGCUCUAAGAGGAGCUCUGGAGAACCCACCAUAUGGAGCAGACGAGCAAGGAAAGCAAUUACACCUCGCCACAGUCACCGAGAUCCUGCAAUCAAUACGGCAAGCAGAGAUGACACCUAUGCUCCAGCGAAUGUAUCAGUCGGAAGGCGGCAGUGAAGCCUGCGACACUCUGAUGAAGUACUUGUACAAGGGAAUGGCGCAAAAUGCACCAGCGACGCACAGCGGAACACCGACGAGGAAUAUCACACCACAAGCGACCGGCUUUUCACAGAUCGGUGGCAGGAACUUUGGUGGAGGAGAGGGCGGAGGACAGGCUAUGAGCGUGUUGCUUAGCUGGCAUGAGAAGCUUGUGGAGACGGCUGGUCCAGGAAGCAUAGUUCGUGUCAUGUCUGACAGGAGGACUGUAUGAGCAGGAAACACACAACGAAAUUGCGAGAAAGGGAAGCGAGUGCGGCCAAAGAGCACUUCC